CGAGGGGUGGCCGCUCCAGUCCACCAGGGCGCCGGGUCCCUCGCCUUGGGCGGCGGUACCCCCUGGGCACUGAAACCCAUCUCACCCAUGCCUGGUUCCUGUAAUGGACGAACUUGAUGCUAAUGGGAGUUCCAAGGAGGGUUUCGGGUCCGUGGAGAAGGUCGUGUUGCUCACGUUUCUCUCGGCGGUUAUCCUGAUGGCUGUCUUGGGGAACCUGCUGGUGAUGGUGGCUGUGUGCAGGGACCGGCAGCUCAGGAAAAUCAAAACCAAUUACUUCAUUGUGUCUCUUGCCUUUGCGGAUCUGCUGGUGUCCGUGCUGGUGAUGCCCUUUGGAGCCAUUGAGCUGGUCCAGGACGUCUGGAUUUAUGGGGAGAUGUUCUGCCUCGUCCGGACAUCUCUGGAUGUCCUGCUCACGACGGCAUCGAUUUUUCACCUGUGCUGCAUCUCUCUGGACAGGUACUACGCCAUCUGCUGCCAGCCUCUGGUCUACAGGAACAAGAUGACCCCUCUGCGCGUGGCGUUAAUGCUCGGAGGCUGCUGGGCCGUCCCCAUGUUGAUCUCCUUUCUCCCCAUAAUGCAAGGCUGGAAUAACAUUGGCAUAACUGACCUGGAAAGGCCAUCCAAACCAAGACUGGGCCAGGAUUUGCAUGUGAUAGAAAAAAGGCAGUUCCGCCAGAAUUCGAACUCUACGUCCUGUAUCUUCAUGGUCAACAAGCCCUACGCCAUCACCUGCUCUGCGGUGGCCUUCUACAUCCCGUUCCUCCUCAUGGUGCUGGCCUAUUGUCGCAUCUACGUGACAGCUAAGGAGCACGCCCACCAGAUCCAGAUGUUGCAACGGGCAGGGGCCCCCGCAGAGGGCAGGCCUCCGUCCGCAGACCAGCCCAGCGCCCGUCGCAUGAGGACAGAGACCAAAGCAGCCAAGACCCUGUGCGUCAUCAUGGGUUGCUUCUGCCUCUGCUGGGCUCCGUUCUUUGUCACCAACAUCGUGGACCCUUUCGUAGACUACUCUGUCCCCGGGCAGGUGUGGACCGCCUUCCUCUGGCUCGGCUACAUCAAUUCCGGGUUGAACCCCUUUCUCUACGCCUUCCUGAAUAAGUCUUUCAGACGUGCCUUCCUCAUCAUCCUCUGCUGCGACGAUGAGCGCUACCGAAGACCUUCCGCUGCGGGCCAGACGGUCCCCUGUUCAACCACAACCAUUAAUGGAUCCACGCACGUGCUAAGGGAUGCAGUGGAGUGUGGUGGCCACUGGGAGAGUCAGUGCCACCCGCCAGCAACUUCUCCUUUGGUGGCUGCUCAGCCCAGUGACACUUAGGGCCUGGGGCCGAGACCCUGAAGACAGCAUCCCUCUGAGAGCAGGCCAGGUCCUAAGCUGCUGCGUGUAUGUGACCGCGCCCCGUGUUGUCCUCCCCCAGCACCGCACACCCAUGGGGCUUCUCCUCCGGGAUUCCAGCAGGUGGCACUUGAGGGGGUCGGGGGCAGGAGGCCCCUCGUGUUCCCUGGGGGCUCUCCUCCAGAGAUCCCCCUCGAAGGGCUCUUUUUAUUUCCCUCUCUCUGGCCUUCGCCUUCGCCUCCCCCUUUCCGUUGUUCCUAAUAUGCCCCCUUCCUGUGCCUUGUUUGUCUCGCUCAUGUUCCAAGCAGAAGCACUCACUGCGUCCUGUCUCAGUCACAGAGUCUCCAAAUAGUCCUUCUUGGCUUUGCCUGCUCGCAGACGCUGUCAGAGCAGAACCGACCCUCCCUGUGCUGGCCUUGGUCAGAGCUGUGUCCAAAACACGCUUCUCCUGCCCGUUCUCAUCUGUCACAGCCGUGUUGGAACUACUCCCUGGCUCAUCUCUGUCAUGCUCUGUGCCAGACACGGGGGCACUUCCCCCCCGAGUCUGGGUCCAAGUGCACCUCCUCCCGGCAGCCCCCGUGCCAGGUGCAGACUCCCCUUGGCUGUCCCUGUGUCCAUGUCGCUGCUUCUCUUCAGGACAUGCUCUGUGUAUUCACCGUGGAAGGAGCAGAGUAAAGACCCUUCAGAGGAAACAGCCUCUGCAGCAGCCUCGGAGGGAGCUGAAGACAGGAGCCCCCCAGUGCCGUGGCCUGAGGCUCUUCUGCCCUGAGAUGCUCACUUUCCUAGAACAGAUCUUCUCCUCAAGAGCCUUGGGCAGGGCUGGCAGCGUCGUAGUGUUUGUGAGAAGACUUUGGAAUCUUUCCCAUGAGCUUGCGGCAAAGCCCACGGUACCCGUUUAUAAUCCCUGAAUCUGGCCCUGUUGCUCCCAGAGGAGAGCCGUGCUGGGGGCUCACAUUGCCCAGACUUGUCACUCACGGUGGUCUCCCCAGGUGGAGGAAGCAGGACCAAGCAGCGCUGGACUCGACGUCAGAGGACCUGACUUCCAGCCCUGGCUCCUCUUGUAACGUGCUGUGAGAUCGUGACCCACGCUAGCCCAUCCCUGGACCUCCCUUUCUGCAUCGAUCAACUCAAGUUUGGACCAGGGGAUCUCUACCUUCCUGUCUGUUUCCAUGACAACAGGAUGCUGCUAUAGCCAUCAGCUACCUCGAAAAGGUGUGGCCUGCCUGCCUUUUGACCUCGUUUCAAAGAAACUAGACGCCUCCUCUGGGCCUUCUAGACCUUCGACUUUGCCAGCUUUGCCCUUCAGAUGACUCUGGAUGUCUUCCAUUCAAAGCUGAGUUCAUGGCUCUUGCCGUCUGCACUGGAACGAAGGUCCCAGGGAGGUGAACACUGCCGCAUCCCAGAGCCAGGGAGGCGUCCGUGUUCGUCUUGGCUGUGAUGUGGUCGCAUCGCAGGACUUCAUCACGCUGUCCUUGUUUUUACUGCUUGAAGUCACUUACCUUUACCAGCGAUGCUUGCUUCCGUUGCGGAAUUGUGCCAGGCUGGAAAGGGACUUUGGAGUGAGGAAGAGAAGAUGGCCCCCAAACCAUCCAAAGGCCAAAAUAAUAAUAAUAAUAAUAAUAAUUCUGUGUCCUGCAAAGGCUUAUAAUUUUGUUGGGGAGAAAGUCAUGCCUUAGGGGAGUGUGACUUGGAACUCCCAACUGCUCUUGAGAAAUACUGGGCCAGGCUGAAACCUCCUGGUGUAGGCUGGGGCACUCGCCGGGAACUGACGGGGGACCUAUUCUCGUCAUGUGGGAACAAAGUUUAAGUCCUAACUUGUGCGUUGACUCUGGACGAACCAGUCCCUGUGCUUCCUUAAGUCGCUGCUCCUCUGCGGUUGCGAGAUUGGGGUUUUGGAGGCAACCACCUUUCUGGGGGUGGGAGGGUCCUUCCCUUUGUCUUAACGAUGGAGGGAGCAACAAGGUUUUGAGUCUCAAGGCCCUGAACCUGGCCAUGAGACUCACACUGUCGGCCUAGCUGCUACCCACACUGCCCGUGGCCUCCAUGCGCCCAGGCAGUGAGGACAGGGGGGCGGCAGAGUCGCGGCACCGAAGCAGUGUGGGCUUACCAUGUGACUCUGGACCCCUAGCUCUGGCCUCAGAAACAGUUUCUCCUGCCUACUUCACAGAGUUGUGGAGAUGAAGGUAAUUUUUGUGAAAAUGUUGUGUAAAUCAUAAAAUCUCAUUCUGUUUGUUUGUAACUUUGAGUUACUGUGGAUGCCCCUGGGCUUUCAGGGACUGAGACUUCCUUCAAGAGAUGAGCCAGUGUGGAGAGUGAGCUUUCUGUGCUGAAAAACAAUAUCAUAGGGCUCUCUUUCUGGGGUCCAUUCUUCCAGAUUCACCCGUCCCCCCACAGGUUACCCACAGCAUGCCAACACUGCAAAUUCAUAUGUCACAAACACUCUCAUUUGAAGGGAUUUUGUUGUUCUCAAAGCAGAGAGGUGGGUGGAGGAGUUCCCGUCAUGGCGCAGCGGAAACAAAUCCAACUAACAUC